CCUGCUCGUCUGCAGCCGGGGAGUCGCGCGGGGCGGGGCCGCGUGCGCGGGGUCGGGGGCGCGCGGGCCUGAGCAGACUAGGGACGCGGCGGCGGUUGGCGGUGGCUGCUGAGAGUACCGCAAGGACUGUGAGAGGAGGCGGCGGAGGUACCCGCGGCACCCGCAGAGACAGCGAGAGCGGCUGAGGCGGCGGUCCGACGCGUGCUCUCUGGGCGGGGUGCGGCGGGGUAUGUGCCUGCCCCGACCGGGCGGAGUCUCUCUGACAGGGCGGGGGAUGCGCGGCGGCCGCUCUCUCGGACCCUGAGGCUGCUGGGCCCACCCUCCCGGAACCGUCCGACCCUUGGUGGCCUUAGCCUCUGCUGUCUUCGGCGGCCUGACCCUGGGGCCGCGGGUGGGAAGUGGCUUCUGGCGAAGAGGAGGGGGCUGUGGUGGCCACCGCGGCGGAGCCCGAGUUCUUUUGCCACGAAAAUGGUUUGCACAGUUUUGAACACAUACUAUCCAUGCUGAUGGGACAGAGUCCAAUAUGAAUAUAAAUGAUGGAGGAAGACGACGCUUUGAGGAUAAUGAACAUACAUUACGUAUAUAUCCUGGGACAAUUUCAGAAGGGACUAUCUACUGUCCAAUUCCUGCCAGAAAAAACUCCACAGCUGCUGAGGUGAUUGACUCUCUUAUAAACAGACUUCAUCUUGACAAAACAAAAUGUUACGUUCUUGCAGAAGUAAAGGAAUUUGGUGGAGAAGAAUGGAUACUCAAUCCAACAGACUGUCCAGUUCAGCGAAUGAUGUUGUGGCCUCGGAUGGCUUUGGAAAAUCGCCUGAGUGGAGAGGACUAUCGCUUUCUUCUGAGAGAAAAAAACCUUGAUGGAUCAAUCCAUUAUGGUAGUCUGCAGUCAUGGCUACGGGUGACAGAAGAACGCCGCAGGAUGAUGGAACGGGGUUUUCUUCCACAGCCUCAACAGAAAGACUUUGAUGAUUUAUGUAGCUUACCUGAUUUGAAUGAGAAAACUCUUUUAGAAAACCUACGAAAUCGCUUUAAGCAUGAAAAAAUUUACACCUAUGUUGGCAGUAUUCUAAUAGUUAUUAACCCAUUCAAGUUUCUUCCUAUUUAUAAUCCCAAAUAUGUCAAAAUGUAUGAUAACCACCAAUUGGGAAAACUGGAGCCCCAUAUUUAUGCUGUGGCUGAUGUAGCUUAUCAUGCCAUGCUUCAGCGCAAAAAGAAUCAGUGCAUCGUGAUUUCAGGAGAGAGUGGUUCUGGAAAGACUCAAAGCACAAACUUUCUUAUUCACCACCUUACUGCUCUCAGUCAGAAGGGAUUUGCCAGUGGAGUGGAACAAAUUAUUCUUGGAGCUGGACCAGUGCUUGAGGCCUUUGGAAAUGCAAAGACAGCUCAUAAUAACAAUUCAAGUCGUUUUGGCAAAUUUAUUCAAGUAAAUUACCAAGAAACUGGCACCGUACUUGGUGCCUAUGUUGAAAAAUAUCUACUGGAGAAGUCCAGACUCGUUUAUCAAGAGCAUAAUGAACGGAACUAUCAUGUAUUUUAUUACCUCCUGGCAGGAGCAAGUGAAGAGGAAAGAUUAGCAUUCCAUCUUAAACGACCAGAAGAAUAUCAUUAUCUCAAUCAGAUAACAAAGAAACCCCUCAGACAGAGCUGGGAUGAUUAUUGCUAUGACUCUGAGCCGGAUUGCUUCUCGGUGGAGGGUGAAGAUUUGAGGCAUGAUUUUGAACGCUUACAGCUGGCCAUGGAAAUGGUAGGAUUUCUUCCCAAGACACGAAGACAGAUUUUCUCUCUUCUCUCAGCAAUACUACAUUUGGGUAAUAUCUGUUAUAAAAAGAAGACAUACCGGGAUGACUCCAUAGAUAUCUGUAAUCCUGAAGUUCUGCCCAUUGUCUCAGAAUUAUUAGAAGUUAAAGAAGAGAUGCUAUUUGAAGCGUUAGUUACAAGGAAGACUGUGACAGUGGGAGAAAAGCUUAUCUUGCCAUAUAAACUGGCAGAGGCUGUGACAGUGAGAAAUUCCAUGGCUAAAUCUUUAUAUAGUGCCCUGUUUGACUGGAUAGUUUUUCGGAUUAAUCAUGCACUUCUGAACAGUAAAGAUUUGGAGCAAAAUACAAAGACUUUGUCCAUUGGUGUUCUUGAUAUUUUUGGGUUUGAAGAUUAUGAAAAUAACAGCUUUGAGCAGUUCUGUAUUAAUUUUGCUAAUGAACGUUUACAACACUACUUCAAUCAGCAUAUUUUUAAAUUGGAGCAGGAGGAGUAUAGAACUGAAGGUAUCAGCUGGCACAAUAUAGAUUAUAUUGAUAAUACCUGUUGUAUAAAUCUUAUUAGCAAGAAGCCAACAGGUCUGCUCCAUCUUUUGGAUGAAGAAAGCAACUUUCCACAGGCCACAAAUCAAACAUUGCUAGAUAAAUUUAAGCAUCAGCAUGAAGAGAAUUCCUACAUUGAGUUUCCAGCUGUGAUGGAGCCUGCUUUCAUCAUAAGGCAUUACGCUGGGAAAGUGAAGUAUGGGGUCAAGGAUUUCCGGGAAAAAAAUACAGAUCAUAUGCGCCCUGACAUUGUAGCUCUUCUAAGAAGUAGCAAGAAUGCAUUUAUCUCUGGGAUGAUUGGAAUUGAUCCUGUAGCUGUUUUCCGAUGGGCAGUUCUCAGAGCUUUUUUCAGAGCCAUGGUUGCUUUCAGGGAAGCUGGGAAAAGACACAUUCAGACAAAAACUGGGCAUGAUGAUACAGCGCCAUGUGCAAUUUUGAAAAGUAUGGAUAGUUUUAGCUUUCUCCAGCACCCAGUCCACCAGAGGAGCUUAGAGAUUCUGCAGAGGUGCAAGGAAGAGAAGUACAGUAUAACCCGGAAAAAUCCCAGAACACCUCUUUCUGAUCUCCAGGGCAUGAAUACUCUAAAUGAAAAAAAUCAACAAGAUACAUUUGAUAUUGCAUGGAAUGGCAGAACUGGGAUUCGUCAGAGCAGACUAUCGAGUAGCACCUCUUUGCUUGAUAAAGAUGGGAUAUUUGCUAAUUCAGCUAGCAGCAAACUCUUGGAGAGAGCCCAUGGAAUUCUCAUGAGAAACAAAAAUUUCAAGUCCAAGCCUGGCCUUCCAAAGCACUUGCUAGAGGUAAAUUCUUUAAAGCACCUGACAAGACUGACGCUACAGGAUCGCAUCACCAAGUCUCUUCUUCAUUUGCACAAGAAGAAAAAGCCUCCCAGUAUCAGUGCCCAGUUUCAGGCCUCAUUAAGCAAGCUGAUGGAGACACUUGGUCAAGCAGAACCCUAUUUUGUAAAAUGCAUUCGCUCUAAUGCUGAAAAGCUGCCAUUAAGAUUCAAUGAUGCCUUGGUGCUUCGACAGCUUCGGUACACUGGAAUGCUGGAGACAGUUCGAAUUCGCCAAUCCGGAUACAGCUGCAAAUAUUCUUUCCAGGAUUUUGUGAGCCACUUCCAUGUACUUCUUCCCCGAAAUAUUAUUCCAUCCAAAUUUAACAUUCAGGAUUUCUUCAGGAAAAUAAAUCUUAAUUCGGAUAAUUACCAAGUUGGAAAAUCCAUGGUGUUCCUAAAGGAGCAGGAACGACAGCACCUACAAGAUCUGCUUCACCAAGAGGUGCUCCGCAGGAUCAUAUUGUUGCAGCGAUGGUUCAGGGUUCUGCUGUGUAGGCAGCAUUUUCUCCAUCUGAGACAGGCAUCCAUCAUUAUCCAGCGAUUCUGGAGGAAUUACCUAAAUCAGAAGCAAGUCAGAAGUGUAGCUGUGCAGAAGGAUGUUUUAGUUAUGGCUAGUGCAGCCACUCUGCUCCAGGCCUCCUGGCGUGCUCACUUAGAGAGGCAGAGGUAUUUGGAGCUCCGGACUGCAACUAUCAUCGUCCAGCAGAGAUGGAAGGAAUAUUACAGACGGAGACAUAUGGCUGCUCUCUGCAUUCAGGCAAGAUGGAAAGGCUACAGGGAAAGUAAGAGGUAUCAAGAACAAAGAAACAAAAUCAUCCUUUUGCAAUCAAUUUGUAGAGGAUUCAGAGCAAGACAAAGGUUUAAAGUUUUAAAAGAACAAAGACUGAAAGAAACAAAACUAGAACUUGGAUUGGCAAAUACUGAGCCAUCUGGAGCUCUGGAAAUCCAGGGUUCAGACCCUUCAGAAUGGGAGGAUUGUUCCUUUGAUAACAGAGUUAAAGCUAUAAAGGAAUGUAAGUCUGUGAUAGAGAGUAAUCGAAUUAGCCAGGAAAGUUCAACAGACUGCUUGAAAGAGUCCCCAAACAAGCGACAGGAGAGAGCCAGAAGCCACAGUGGUGCAGACUUGCAGGAAGAAGUGAUUGUCAGAGAGAGACCUAAGUCCUUGGAGGAUCUCCACCAAAAAAAAGUAGGUCGGGCCAAAAGAGAAAGUCGGAGAAUGAGAGAACUUGAGCAGGCUAUAUUUAGUUUAGAAUUGUUGAAAGUUCGUUCUCUUGGUGGCGUGUCUCCUUCUGAGGAACGUAGAUGGUCUACAGAACUGAUGCCGGAAGCCCUUCAGUCUCUACAGGGUACACCUGACAGUGAAAGCUCUCAAGAAAGCUUGGAACUUCUGAGUUGUGAGGAAAGCCAGAAGAGCAAACUGGAAUCCAUAACUUUAGAUGAAGGAGACUUGCAGCUUCAGUCACCUAAAAUAUCCAGCAGUCCAAAAUUUGAUUCACAGAACAAUGUCAUCAGUGCCUCAGGUGAGACUAACUAUACUUUGAUUGAAAAGGGGGCAUCCUCUGACUCAGUCUAUUUGAAGAAUGGGACUAUGAAGGAAAAACUGGUUUGCCGUUCUGAAUCUAUUACCUGUAAGCCACAGCUGAGAGACCCCUUUAUUUCAAAUAGUUUGCCUACGUUUUUUUAUAUUCCUCAACAAGACCCACUGAAAACAAGUUCCCAACUAGAUACAAGUAUCCAGAGAAACAAGCUGUUAGAAAGUGAAGAAACACUUUCAGCUCUCACUUCGGAUAUCAACAGGGAAGCCAGAAAGUACCACUUUCCAGGAGAAAAUCAAGUUGUUACAUCUUUGAAUACAGAUUCUUCUAAUACUGUGCUGAAGAAGUUAGAAAAGCUAAACAUUGAGAAGGAAGAAAGGCAAAAGCAGUUGCAGCAGCAGAAUGAAAGAGAGAUGAUGCAACAGAUUCGUCAGCAGACAGGUAUUUUAGAGAAGGAGCGUAAAGCCUUCAAGACAGUUGAAAAGCCAAGAACUGGGGAGUCCUUCCUGGCACCAUCUUUCCAUCCAUCAGAGCAAAGAGCAGAGAGGCCAUCUUCCCUCCUUAUUCUGAAUACCCCAAAUAAGGAAGAGCCCAAUGUAGUAAGGCCUCCAUCAGUAUCAGUAAAAGAUGCAGCUCUUCUUCCAAAAGACAGCCUUCCUGCUCACCCACCCCAGAAGGACCGACCUGUCACCUUGUUCUUUGAAAGGAAAGGAGGCCCAUGCCAGUCUGCUACUACCAAGGAAUUAUCCAAGACAGACAGAAUGUGCACCCAUCUGAAUGUAGCCAGUAAACUUUCUAAUAAUCGUAUUUCAAAAAGAGAACACCACAGACCUACUCAGUCUUAUAGCCACAAAUCUGAUGACUCCUCCAGAGAUGGAAAUACUAGGAUUAUUUUCUUCACACCAAAGGACAAUAUGAGUAUUUCCCUUGUCAACAAGGAAGCCUUAAACAGUGGAAAUCUUCAACUCCGUAAACAAGAUGAACCAAAUUGGAAACCUGUGAAGUUAACUGGGCCGGGCAAAGGAGAGCAGGUUGCCAGACCGGCCCAUAAAAAGAAAGCUCGAAUGGCGCGGACGCGCUCCGAUUUCUUGACUAGAGGUACUUUUGCCGAUGGGGAGGGGGAUACAGAGGAAGAUGAUUACGAUGACAUUAUUGAGCCCCUUCUCUCCCUUGACCAAGCUUCUCACUCUGAGCUAGGGCCUGCACCCAGCCUGGGUCAGGCCUCUCACAGUGACUCCGAAAUGACGUCACAGCGAUUUUCUUCAGUUGAUGAAGAAGCAAAGCUUCAUAAGACUAUGUCUCAAGGAGAGAUUACAAAAUUGGCAGUGAGGCAGAAAGCUUCAGAUUCAGAUAUAAGACCUCAGAGAGCUAAGAUGAGAUUCUGGGCCAAAGGGAAACAAGGGGAGAAGAAGACUACCCGAGUGAAAGCUGCCACCCAGUCAGAGGUUUUGGGAUUCCUUGCUGGCUCAGAUACGAUUCUAUCUCAUCAGUUUCCAGAUGAAUUAGUUCAGUAUCAUCCGACACCUCCUUUGAGCCCAGAAUUGCCUGGUAGUUGCCGGAAGGAGUUUAAAGAGAACAAAGAACCUUCUCCAAAGGCAAAGCGGAAGCGAAGUGUGAAGAUCAGCAGUGUGGCUUUGGAGUCUAUGCACUGGCAAAAUGACUCUGUCCAGAUCAUAGCAAGUGUCAGUGAUUUAAAAAGUAUGGAUGAAUUUCUUCUGAAAAAGAUGAAUGAUCUAGAUAAUGAAGACAGCAAGAAAGACACAUUAGUGGAUGUUGUAUUUAAAAAAGCCUUGAAAGAAUUUCGGCAGAAUAUCUUCAGCUUUUAUUCGUCUGCCUUGGCGGUAGAUGAUGGGAAAAGCAUACGAUAUAAAGACCUCUACGCACUAUUUGAACAGAUUCUGGAAAAGACCAUGAGGCUUGAGCAGCGUGAUUGGAGUGAAUCUCCAGUCAGAGUUUGGGUCAACACUUUUAAAGUGUUUUUGGAUGAAUAUAUGAAUGAAUUCAAAACUUUGGAUUGUAUACCCACAAAGGUACCAAAAACAGAAAGAAAGAAAAGAAGGAAAAAAGAAACUGAUUUAGUGGAAGAGCACAAUGGUCACAUCUUUAAGGCUACCCAGUAUAGCAUCCCUACAUACUGCGAAUACUGUUCUUCUUUGAUAUGGAUAAUGGACCGAGCCUCUGUUUGCAAGUUAUGUAAAUAUGCUUGCCAUAAGAAAUGCUGUCUGAAAACCACAGCCAAGUGCUCUAAAAAGUAUGAUCCAGAGCUGUCAUCUCGACAAUUCGGGGUUGAAUUGUCUCGUUUGACCAGUGAAGAACGAACUGUUCCUUUAGUGGUGGAAAAGCUCAUAAACUACAUUGAAAUGCAUGGACUGUACACAGAAGGGAUUUAUCGAAAGUCUGGUUCAACUAAUAAAAUCAAGGAGCUUCGACAAGGUCUAGAUACAGAUGCUGAGAGUGUAAACCUGGAUGACUAUAACAUACAUGUUAUUGCAAGUGUAUUCAAACAAUGGCUUCGUGAUUUGCCCAAUCCACUCAUGACCUUUGAGCUCUAUGAGGAAUUUCUUCGAGCUAUGGGCCUUCAGGAGAGGAAAGAAACAAUCCGUGGUGUAUACUCUGUGAUUGACCAGCUCUCCCGAACUCAUCUAAAUACACUGGAACGGCUCAUCUUUCAUCUAGUCAGGAUUGCUCUACAGGAAGAAACUAAUCGAAUGUCUGCUAAUGCUUUGGCCAUUGUAUUUGCCCCCUGCAUUCUUCGAUGCCCUGAUACCAUUGACCCACUACAAAGCGUGCAGGACAUCAGUAAGACUACCACCUGUGUGGAGCUGAUUGUUGUAGAACAGAUGAAUAAAUACAAGGCUCGUCUCAAAGACAUCAGUAGCCUGGAAUUUGCUGAGAAUAAGGCAAAGACCAGGCUGUCACUGAUUCGUAGAUCAAUGAAACCUGUACUAAUUGCAGUUAGAUUUAUGAGCAUUACCCGCAGUUCAGUCUCGGGAAAGGGGCGACUUCGUCGAGGAAACUAUCCAAGUCCAUCCUCUCCUGUUGUGGUCCGGUUGCCCUCCAUGUCUGAUGUCCCAGAAGAGACCUUGACUAGUGAAGCCACUGUGGAGACUGACAUCACAGAACAACAGCAAGCAGCCAUGCAGCAAGAGGAGAGAGUACUGACUGAGCAGAUUGAGAACCUACAGAAGGAGAAGGAGGAGCUAACAUUUGAGAUGCUUGUACUGGAACCCCGUGCUUCUGAUGAUGAAACCCUUGAGUCUGAGGCUUCCAUUGGGACUGCUGAUAGCUCAGAAAAUUUGAAUAUUGAGUCUGAAGGUGCCAUCUCUGAGAAGUCAGAGAGAAGCUUGGUCCUUAGCUCCCUGAAGGCAGCUGGCAAAUCUGAACCUUCAAGCAAGUUACGAAAGCAGCUAAAAAGGCAGCAAGACUCUCUGGAUUCAGUAGACUCUUCAUUCUCUACUUUAUGUUCAUCUAACACUGCAUCUUCUCAUGGGACCAGAAAACGAUUUCAGAUUUAUUCUAAAUCUCCUUUCUACCGAGCUGCAUCAGCUGGCGAGGCCCUCGGAGUGGAAGGGCCAUUCGGUCAGACCAAAUCCCUGGAAGACAGGCCUCAGUUCAUCAGCAGAGGAACCUUCAACCCUGAAAAGGGCAAACAGAAAUUAAAGAAUGUGAAAAACUCACCUCAGAAAACCAAAGAGACCCCAGACGGGACAGUUGUGACUGGCCGCAGGAAAACUGUGGACCCAGACUCCAGCUCCACCCAACAGCUAGCUCUCUUUGGAAAUAAUGAGUUUAUGGUCUGAACUGGCAGCUGUGUGUCCCUUCAUGGCUACAGAGUAGUAAACCCAUCUCAUCUUCGGGGCCUGUUCCCAUCCCCUUGUCCACAAUAGUUCAACCUAAUUGUGGUCCUGCCUCUUGCCCAAGCAUACAACCAAGAACUUGUGUGCUGAUUUCCUGGGCCUCCUGCAGAAACAGAAAGGCCUCUGUGAAGCCUGCUGGGGAUGGUGCCAGCUGUGCCUUGGCUGCUGUAUUUGACUGGGGAGUUCACUAAACAGAGCCACCGGGGGCCUGGGGAUUUGGUCAGUUGUGGAGAUCUUCCUAGUUGCCUCUUCCUCCAUCCUCUUUUCCUUCCCAGAGGUGGGUGUUGAACUGGGGGGAACAUGGUGGGCCUGAGGGAACCACUGAUUUUUGACAUUUGAAGAAAACAUAUAAAUCUUUCUUAACCGCGAAAGCAAAAGCCUUUGGGUUUAUUUUGGGAUAGUUAGGAGUUGGGGUAGAAUAUAAUUUUUUUCCAAGGAUUUAUAAACAAAAAGCUUAAGCCCUCUAUUUUAAGAUUUUUGAGAAAUACUCCAUGUUAUAUUCUGGGGAAAGUAAAAACCUAAUUGUUUCCAUGAAGCCAUCAGAGCAUGUCUCAGACAUCUGGUUACAUGAUGAAGAAGAGAGUACAUGUUUUGUUUUUUGAUGAUGUUCAGUGUCAUAAUAAUGCUGGUUUCACUCCUGGUUAUUUCCUGCCAAAUAUAUUGCAUGGGCUGAAGUUUCAGUUUUCCUACUGUACUCAGACUUCCUGGUCCUAGGAUUAGGUUCCUCUAAUUUUUUUCAGAGACGUGUUGAUCCCUAAACAUGAGGGUCUCAUCCUAAUCCACCCAGGCUUUCCUCUUUGUAUAGAUUAAUAAGCUGAAGAUCACAUACGAACCUGUUCAUCUGCUGGUGGAUUUCCACCACAAACUCAGACAAGUAAUGUGACCAUCUAAUCACUUCUCCUAAAACAUUCAUACACAACACUGCAUGAAUAAGUGUUAACAGAAAGCUGCCAAAAAAAAAAAGAAAAGUUUUUAAUAUAACCAUCUAACUAACUUCUUUUCCUCAGACCAUCAGUAUUAAAUAGAUGAAAAAAUAAA